CGUAAGCGAGGAGAAAGUAAUUACCGCGUGCGCGUCGUACCAGCACAACUGAUAAUUUCUAUAGCAAACGGCGCUAAUCAGUGAAGACAGGCGAGUGCGUUGGGUAAACAAACAGAGACUGCUGUACACUGCUGUAUACACGCAAUUAAACAUGUUAAUGCGUGUUUGACACGAUUUUCCGCGGCGGUGGAAUCAAUCGCUGGUUGUAGAAAAAUUGUAAUUAUUAUUGCAAGAUUGUUUUAAUGUACGAGUAAAUUGCGGAGCGUGGAACUUUCGCCGGUUGUGAUUAGUUGUAAUAGGUGACAUGAGGGAUUGACGUGUCUUCACCCACAAAAACCUCCUAUAAAAGCGUUUCCUAUCAACAAACAAAAUCAGUACAUCAUCAACAACCAAACAAAACAAAUCAUAACCAAAAAUGAAGAUAAAUUUCUCAAAACUUACCUUAUCAUCAACGUCGAUAGCGUUCUGCGUGCUAGCAGCAGUCAUUUUGUGUGGGUUGAUCGACGCGUGCGCAAGUGAAGUGACAUUUACAACAUCGAAACCUAUUUCAAAAAGAAGUUAUAGUGAAACAAUAUUACCUAUAAAAGAAACACCGAGUCCUGGUGGCUUCUGGAAGACGCGUAGAGAAUGGAAAGCGUACUGGGUGAAAGACUGGACGAUCAAAAAGAUUUAUGUUCCGGUAUGGAAACAUGUCUGGGGACCAACGGAAGUGCGAGAAUGGGUCCCAACAGGAGUAGCGAAGCCAUAUCCUGGCAAACAGCACGCGUCAAUAAUUCACUGAUCAUUGAAAAGAUUGUCAGCUAUAAUUAUACGAUGUUGUUGGUGCUUGCAAUGCACAACAAACAUGGCGGCCAAAAAAAUAACCAAAAAUGACUAAAUAACACAUAAAUAAUUAUUUAUUGAUUAAGUAGGCUGUAGUAUAAUAAAAUAAAGUGAAAUAAAUGUCAUUUUAUUGAAA